CGCGCGUGAUCCCGGGCGCCGCGAGAGCACCGGACUGGCCGCCUGAGGUCCGUCACAACACAGGAUCCGGAGGAGGAAGAACUUUGCAAAUAGCUUUUUGUUCUCUUUCAGUUGCCAUUUGAGGAUCAUGUCGGCUUUACAGACCCUUGUGGAAAUGGGCUUUUCGGAGAACAGCGCGUAUUAAAUACAGCCUUCAACUCUGCAGAAAGAAAGCACUGGCUGUGACUGGAGGAGGUGGUGUAGAACAGGCAAUGGAAUGGCUUUUAGCACAUGCUGACGAUCCAGGCAUCAACGACCCACCUGCGGAGGAUGUAACAGGUGCUGCAGCUGGGCACAGUCUUGGUUCUCAAGAGGGUAGUGAAAAGAUGGAGACUAGUGAAACACCAGAAAGUAAGGAGUCUGGUGAUGCACCAGCAGAAAAAAGUGAAGAGACAGGAGAAGCUUCUGCAGAUGGGGAAGCUGCUAAAUCUAUUAAAUGUGAUGACUGUGGUAAACUUUUCAAAACUUCUGAAGAGGUUGAGUUUCAUGCUGUUAAAUCUGGCCAUUCCAAUUUCUCGGAAUCAACUGAGGAGAAGAAACCGCUAUCAGAAGAAGAGAGGGAGCAGAAGAAAAGGGAACUAGCAGAGAAGAUUAAGCAAAGGAGAAAGGAGAGAGAAGAGAUAGAGGAGAAGGAAGCAAGAGAGCGAGAGAGAAAGAGGAUCCAGAUGGGACAGGAAAUUGCUGAGAGAAAGCGCAUUAUGCAGGAGCAGGAAAUGAAGCGCAUUGCAGAUGAGCGCAGGAGAGAAAAACUAGAGGAUAAAAUUGCUCGGCAAAAGAUUAAAGAGCAGAUUGAAGCAGACAAGAGAGCAAGAAAGGAAAUGUUUGCAAAUAAGGAAGCACCUACUCAACCUCAGCCCCCAAAGCCUCAGCCAGUUGCGCAGCCAGCACAGAAAAAAGAAUACACAACAACAAGGUUGCAGAUCCGUCUGCCAUCUGGGGCACCCCUUGUCCAAGAAUUUAAAGCCAAGGAAACACUGUCUGCUGUCCGUCUGUGGAUCAGCCUCAAUCGUAAGGAUGGAGUACCCACAGAUGAGCCUUUCAACCUUUCUAUGUCAUUCCCAAGGAAGAAUUUUUCAGACGAAGAUAUGGAUAAGCCCUUGGAUGUUUUAGGCCUGGUUCCUUCGGCUGUACUAAUGGUUUCAAAGUAAACAGGUAAUUCAGUUUCCAUAUAGAAAUCAAGCUAACAGAUGUAUUCCAUUGGUCAUUUUCAUUUUCAAUGUAACCAUCUGCUCAAGGUAUCCUUAAAAUUGCAUGUCUCAAUUGCAUUUUUGAGGAUUUUCGCACACAAGUGAUGAUAGAAUAUGAUGAUAAAUUCACAUGAUAAUCAGAUUUGCUAUGUUUACACAACCAGUGUUUGAAUAAAGAUUUUAGUAAAUGCA